GCUAUUUCUUUGCCCACCGAAGCCCUAACCCUAGUUUAGCUCUACAAGCCAUGCUUGAUCUCAAUCUCACUUUGUUCUAAGAAGAAGUUAUUUUUCUGGUUUCUCUUCACUUGGAUCUCAUCGCGGCCUUAUCUAUGGAUGCAGAUGGAGCGAACAAGAAGCUGCGGAAGCCCUAUACGAUUACUAAGUCUAGGGAUAGGUGGUCGGAUGAGGAGCAUGAGCGGUUUCUCGAUGCACUACUUUUGUUUGGUCGAGAAUGGAAGAAAAUUGAAGAUUUUGUUGGUACAAAGACGGUGAUACAGAUCCGAAGUCAUGCUCAAAAAUAUUUCUUGAAGGUUCAAAAGAAUGGGAUAAGGGCACAUGUACCCCCAGCCCGUCCAAAGAGAAAUUCUACUCAUCCAUAUCCAAAGAAACCUUCAGAUGAUGAUGCACCACCUCUGCAUCUACAAUCAUCUAUGAUCUGCUCAUCCCCAUCUACUGGUCUAAUUGCUCUAUCUUCCAGUUGGGACGAUCCAUCUUUCCUUAGGGAUUACACCUCCAAUGAUGCAAUGUCCUCUUCAAAUUACUACAAAACCCUCUGUGGAGUUGAAUGUGAUAAUGAUCCAUUAGGCCUGACAAAUAUAUAUAACCACAAUAUUGGUUGGAAUGGCAGUUCUAGUACACCACAGCUUACUUCUGAAGCACCAAAGCAAGGGAAUCAACACUCGCCUACUCCUGAGUUUGGUAAGGUUUACGACUUCAUUGGUACUUUGAUUGACCCUGAUAUCAAUUGUACGAUGGGAAUGUAUUUAGAAAAGCUCAAGGAGAUGGAUCCAAUCACUGCAAAAACUGUUUUAAUAUUGGUGAAAAACUUGAUCAUCAAUUUGACUACUCCUUGUUUUGACCCAUUGAUAAAAUGGCUGUCAACUUAUGAUCCUGAGACUAAAACAAUUGGGUCAGCAAUGAAGACUUCUGCACUUCCAGGCUUGAUGUAUCCCCCAAGCCAGGUUCCACUUGAUGCUCCCUACUUAACAUAACCUUAAAUAUUACAAUAUCAUUAUACUAUUAUAUGCUUUUCUUAUUUAUUAUCUUCUUCAAUAAAUCUGUAACCCUGCUGAAAAUCUCCUUUAAAUUAGGGUUUUACUUCAUUAUUUGUAAUUUUUUUAAGCUACAACACUUUAUUUUUGCAGCAACUUCA